CUUGGAUGGUGGUUUUAUGUAAUUACACAACCUUACUGAUCAUCAUCAUGUCUUCAACAACCCGUCCAAUCGUUUUCAUGGAUAUCAAUAUUGGAGAGACGCCAGCGGGUAGAAUAAAAAUGGAGCUUUUUAGUGACGUCGUCCCAAAAACUGCUGAGAACUUCAGGCAGCUGUGCACCGGCGAAUGCAGACGUGAUGCACGACCACAGGGUUACAAGAAUGCAACUUUCCACAGCGUACCGAAUUUCAUGUGCCAAGGUGGUGAUUUUUUGAACGGUGAUGGAACAGGAUCGUUCUCGAUAUAUGGAAAGAAUUUCCCUGAUGAGAACUUCCAAGAGAAGCACAUUGGACCCGGCUUACUUUCCAUGGCAAAUUCGGGCCCAAAUACAAACGGAUGCCAGUUUUUCAUAACCACGGCAAAAUGUGAUUUCUUGGACGGAAAGCAUGUGGUUUUUGGCAAGGUUAUCGAUGGCAUGUUGACACUUCGUAAAAUCGAGAAUGUCCCUACAGGACAGAAUAACAGACCAAAAUUGGUCGUGAAGAUAGUUGAGUGUGGGGAAAUGUAACCGCCUGUUCACAAAAAUAUCGACGGGAGAAUGAAUGCGAUUGAUCGCCUAUCCGAGCGGAAAGGCUCGAGUUGAUUGGACCCAUACAUUGAGGACUUGUCGCAUCGGCGGAUGUAAACUUAGCAUAGACAUUCA